GGAGAUGGAUCUGUUCCUAGGAGUCUACAUAAACACAGUUACCACAUCCGUGUGUUCUGACAUCAUACAUGGAGGCUUUGCAGGUGUAUGUGCCAAGUGGGUGUUUGUAUGGGAAAAGGGCUACCAGGAAAUGGACUCUGUGGUCAGCUCAGUUACUACCAAGGCCAAAGGAGUGGCUGUGACCAACUCUUCGAGCCUCGGCUUCCGGAUUUGGGAUGUGGCUGACUAUGUGAUCCCCCCUCAGGAGGAAGACUCUCUGUUUGUCAUGACCAAUAUGAUCAUCACCACAAACCAGACCCAGAGCACCUGUCCCGAAAUCCCUGAUAAGACCACCUUGUGUGAUUCGGACACCGACUGCAGGGCCGGCUCUGCGGGCACCCACAGCAACGGAGUGGAGACUGGCAGAUGCGUGCCAUUCAACGUGUCCGUGAAGACCUGUGAGGUGGCGGCCUGGUGCCCUGUGGAGGACGACACACGUGUGCCCCGGCCUGCUUUUUUAAAGGCUGCAGAGAACUUCACACUUUUGGUGAAGAACAACAUUUGGUAUCCGAAGUUCAACUUUAGCAAGAGGAAUAUCCUUCCCAACAUCACCACCUCCUACCUCAAAUCGUGCAUUUAUGACGCCCAGACCGAUCCCUUCUGCCCCAUAUUCCGUCUUGGCAAAAUAGUGGAGGACGCAGGGCACAGCUUCCAGGACAUGGCGGAGGAGGGCGGGAUCAUGGGCAUCCAGAUCAAGUGGAAUUGCAACCUGGACAGAGCCGCCUCCCUCUGCCUGCCCAGGUACUCCUUCCGGCGCCUCGACACCCGCGAUGUGGAGCACAACGUGUCCCCUGGCUACAAUUUCAGGUUCGCCAAGUACUACAGGGACCUUGCUGGCAACGAGCAGCGCACGCUCAUGAAGGCAUACGGCAUCCGCUUCGACGUCAUUGUGUUUGGCAAGGCUGGGAAGUUUGACAUCAUCCCAACCAUGAUCAACAUUGGCUCAGGCCUGGCACUCCUGGGGGUGGCGACGGUGCUGUGUGACGUCAUAGUGCUCUACUGCAUGAAGAAGAGGUUCUACUACCGGGAGAAGAAGUACAAGUAUGUGGAAGACUACGAGCAGGGUCUCGCUGGCGAGCUGGAGCAGUGAUGCCCAGACCUCCCGCGCUCACCGGGCUCCCUCGGCCCUCUUGCAAGCACAGCAAGAAGGGACAAAUGGCCAUGCCGCCACCCAGAUGACGUUGGAGAUUCUGAUCAGACUCCACUGCACACUCGAGGCUGUCCAGAACCUCCUGUGGGUUUUUUUGUUGUCGUCACUGUUUUCUGAGUCAGUGUCUCACUGGCUAGAAUCCCGCCUCCGCUGCAGGGGGUGCCGUCACACCCGUCUCCUGUGUCUGUGUAGGGCUCACUUGCCCACUCAGUACAGUGAUUGCAGUGUCCCGCCGUUCUUCCCACGCAGUGGCGGUGUUCGGUGAGCCGCUGGCCCGCGGAUGUUGGCGCUGCCCUGGCCUAUGGGCUGACUGGGCCUUCUCAAGAGCCGCCAGAAUCAGCAUUCCCCCGAGGCUCCGGUCUCCAGCCCCGAGGGCCGCUGCAGCUCCUAGGCAUGGCCACCCAGCUGGGACACUGUUGGGGACAGAGGAGGGUCUCCUCACUGUGCUCCCCAGACUUAAGCAGAGCCAGGCCGGGCUGCUGCUCUUCUUCCCUCCAGCCGUGGACUUUGUCCUUGCAAUCAUGAGGCAGAGUGGGCGGAAGAUGAGGACCAAACAUUAAAACAGGAUUU